AUGGAGGAAACAGACAUCAGGAUAGCAGAGGUCAAACGAGAUGCUUACGAGUUCAGGCGAGACAUCGUCGUUGGUGCGGAGAACCCUCGCACUGGGAAGACCGUCGCAGAGAAGGUCCUCAAAUACAUGGAAGACAAGUUGACACAGAAGGAUAUGCAAAUCAACAAGCUUCUCAUGAAGAACCAGGCAUACAAAGUGGCGAUCAAGAAGGCUGAGCAGCAGCUGAAGUCCAAAGCGGAAACAGGUGACGACUUGCAAUACAUAGACUUCCAUCAGCUGCAAAUAGAAAACUCCCAGUUCGUCAAGCGCAUUGAGGAGGCAAAUCAGGAGCUUAUUGAGCUGAAGCGUCGUGCCGGGAGGACUGUGAAGAUCCUAAACAAUAUGAAGAAGCGGCUCAGCAGCCUCACCGCCGAGGCCAAGUUCCUGCAAGAUGAGAUCAAAGACAGGAGGUCGAUGCUGGCAAAGACAGAGAAGGACAUCUGCAAGGUGGUCGAGGAGAAGGAAGCAGCGAGAAAGGAGCAUAAGAAGCUUCGUGCGCAGUCUCGGCAGUCGCCAGAGAUGCCUCAAGUGGUAGAUUACGUCAGUCAGAAGGCAGAGGCAUACGAGCUGGAGGCGCAGAAGCGCAACUGGGAAAGGAAAGUGGAGCUGGCGGAGACGGCGGCCAAACGAAUUCGUCAAGCUGUAAAGAACGGAACACAGCUGUCGGGCUCCCAAUUCAUGGAAAUGGUCCGACGACCUACGAGUCUUGGCCUUGCUGCGGCUCAGGCCUGCUGGCCGAAACUGACUGCAGAAGUUCUACGGCUCUGGUCUUGGUCAACUCGGCUGAAGACCAGAGCCCUUGCACCUAGGUCUCACCUGCUGCUACACAUGCUCCGAAUCCUAAAGGUUCUGCUACAAUCUGCUACACAGCUUGAAGAUGCAAGAUGCAAAUACUAG